AUGCUUGCUCCCUGCUCAGUUAUUCAGGACGAGCAUUGCACUGAGUGAAAUCAAGGAAACCCUACCCACUGCACUCCAUCUCAGCACUGUGGUAGUAGUUACAUUACAUUAGUAGUUUGAUAAGUAUUAGUUUAAAAAGCACAAAACUGACUCGCAAGCAAUGGAUCAAGGAGAAUCUGUGGUAACAGUCCAGCUUCAAAAUUCCACACUUUCCCCUCUUGCAUUGUUCAACUCAUCAGACUGGCUUCUUGUUCAUGCUAUUGUACCACCAUACAUAUUUACUGUGUGUUUGGCCGGGAUUCUGGGGAAUGCUUUUGUAUUGCUGGUGUUCUUCUUCCAGAGGGGAAAGUGGAGCGUGCCUGAGAUCUACCUGGGCAACCUGGCACUAGCUGACCUGAUCCUGCUGGUCUGUUUACCAUUUUGGGCCAUGAACAUCCUCAAUUACUUCCACUGGCCAUAUGGAGAGUUUCUGUGUAAGGUUGUCAAUCUCUCCAUUAUUGUCAAUGUGUAUGCUAGCAUUUACACGCUGGUGAUGGUGAAUAUAGACCGCUAUUUUGCACUAGUGCUGAUUAUGAAAGCAAGAUGGCUGAGGAGGAGACGAAAUGCAAAGGCCAUUUGCUUUUGUCUCUGGCUCUUUGGAGUGAUCAUGGGCAUACCCACUGCAACUUUCAGGACAGUGAAGUAUGAGCCAUAUCUUCAGACGGAAGCCUGCAUUAUUCAUUACCCUUCUGCCUCCUGGAAAUUUGCCCACAAUCUUCAACUGGACCUGUUGGGCUUUGCCCUUCCUCUCCUGGCAAUUGUCUUCUGUAGCAGUAAUGUUUUGUGGGUCCUUCACAAAAGAAGGGAUGGUGUUUACCCACAGGACAGAAAAGACACAAAGGCCAUGGUGCUGGUGUGUGCUGUGACCCUGUUUUUCUUCAUUUGUUGGGCUCCAUUCCAUAUUUUCACCUUUCUGGAUGUACUAUGUGACUUUAACGUCCUGGAUUUGGAUACCUGGUAUCAUAUCUUAGAUGUUGGAACCCAAUUCACCACAUACUUAGCAUUUCUGAACUGCUGUCUUAAUCCAGUGCUUUAUGUAUGCAGUGGCCGCUACUUCAAGAGGAAAGUCAGUGAUAUCUAUAAAAGAAGAAAGAGCUCCACUGGGUCUGUGGCCACCACACUACAACGCUCAGUUAUAUCAACAUAUGUCCAAAGGAGUGAUCAAAUAAGACCAGUCGUAUUGUAGAGCCAGAACUACAAUAUGUGCAUAUUGUGUGUGUGUGUGUGUGUGAGAGAGAGAGAGAGAGAGAGAGAGAGAGAGAGAGAAUGUGUGUGUAAACAUCAGCCAAUGAGCAAUUGUAAUGGUAGAAAUAAGCACUGCAUAAGUAUGUAUAAAUUUUUUUUUUGUACACAAAUGUUUAUAAUCAAUAGCAAGCUGAGUGUCCUGGAUAUACUCAAGGAUUUACAUGUAUCUGCAACAGUACUUGCCAGUACUUGUAAACUGUGUCUACACAGUUACCAUACUAGGCAGCUCCUGCAGUUCGUUUCUAACAGUAUUGCUGUUUUGCGUUGACCUUGUGUUGACCCAUGCACCACCCAUUUAACAUGCUGCACAUUACUGUUUAUGGAAGGUUACAUAACAAUGCAUGACAAGGAACAUUAAGUCAUACUGGUGCAUGUUCUCAAAAUAUGAAUUUUAGUUUCUUUGUAAAUUUGUUUACUAAGGAAAACUCAUUUAUUUUUUCUUGUAAUGAAGCAGGUUGGGAAAAGAGCUGUAUAUGUGUUACCUCUGUGUGUUUUGAAAAUAAUAAAAGUCAC